AUGUCCCCCUCUGCAGACCUCCCCGAGACGCGCGAGACGCUCGAGGCCAUCGCCGCCGCCGACCAGACCCAGACCAUCGCCGAGCUGCGCAAGACGGUCACUUCCGAGACAACCCCGCUGCCACUCCGCUUCCGCGCUCUCUUCUCACUGAAGCACGUCGCCUGCAACAGCAAGGGCCCCGACAGCACCGCUGCCAUCGAGGCUAUCGCCGCCGGCUUUGCCUCCCCCUCGGCCCUGCUCAAGCACGAGCUCGCCUACUGCCUCGGUCAGACCGGAAACCUUGCCGCUGUCCCCUACCUGCGCGAUGUCCUCCGCAACCUGAAGGAGGACCCCAUGUGCCGCCACGAGGCCGCCGAGGCCCUUGGCGCGCUGGGCGACGCCGGUCAGCUGGAUAUCCUCAAGGAAUUUAGAGACCGCGAGGGCGAGGAUGUCUGCAUCACCGAGACGUGCGAGAUCGCCAUCGACCGUAUCGAGUGGGAGAACUCGGAGCAAAGGAAGUUGGAGAAGUUGCGCAAGAGUGACUUCACCUCCGUAGACCCUGCGCCCCCAAUGGAGGAGUCCCAACGCACCGUCGAAGAGCUUGAGAAGACCCUCAUGGACCCGAAGCUGCCCCUCUUCCUGCGCUACCGCGCCAUGUUUGCCCUGCGCGAUCUCGCGUCGCCGCCCGACCUGCCGACCGCCGUCCCCGCCGUGAACGCCCUGGCCAGGGGGUUCGCCGACUCGUCCGCCCUUUUCCGCCACGAGAUCGCUUUCGUCUUUGGCCAGCUGUCGCAUCCGGCGUCGAUCCCCGCACUGACAGAGGCGCUCAGCAACACCGAGGAGGCCAGCAUGGUACGGCACGAGGCCGCCGAGGCGCUGGGCAGCCUUGGCGACGAGGAGGGCGUCGAGGACACCCUCAAGAAGUUCCUCCACGACAAAGAGAAGGUCGUGCGUGAGAGCGUUAUCGUGGCGUUGGACAUGGCCGAGUUCGAGUCCAGCGGCCAGGCCGAGUAUGCGUUGAUCCCCGAGUCCGCCAAGGCGGCUGCUUAG